UGAUGACGAGCAUAUUGAUGAAUACACUUAGGGUAUUACUUAAGCCGUCGACAUUUUUUACCUUGUUCAUCUCGUAUUAGCCCUUAUUCCGGUUCUCGACCCAGUAUUUCUUAGAGAGCAAGCGCGACACCUCUUGUUGUUCCGUGAAGCAACGCACUCUUAGCGAGGCAGAAGCAGAGCAGGACUUCGAGCGAAGAAAAUCAGCGACAACGACACCACGACCACGUGUAGGUCUAGAAGCAGAACGCCUUCUAUUUGAUGAUAUUAUAGCCUCUCUGAUAGAAGCCAGCCUUCACAUGUAUUCUUUGUUAUUCUAAUAUGAUCCGCUAGAAGAAUUUUCUUGAGGUGUGAAGACAAGAAGAAUAACAGACUUCAAGUCAUAUUAUUUAUUAUUAAUAUUACAACAACUGUAUAAUAAGUAUCGCAAAACAGCUGAAUCAAAAACUUUCUUUGCUUGUGGUCUGAGAAAAAAAAGAAACACAAUGGCGGCUUUAGACGACUCACACGGUUGUAUGACCGACGGGCCAACGUGGCAACGAAGAUUCCCUGGUCUUCCUGCUUCAAUCACGCUCCAUACUGUAAUUGGUGGAAGAAAAAAUCAGGUAAAAACCGUACAUCGUCAUGAAUCGAUGUCAAUGUCUUGUCUGUGCUGUAAAUUUUUUUUUUUUUUUUUCAAUACCAUAAUAUUGAUGAAGAUCAGUUGUUGUGUUGAUGUGUUUCAUCCGGUUGAGCAGCUGUCACUCAUUUUGCAUGGAGACUACAAAUCCUUUAUCAUUAUUUUUAACUUUUUUAACAUUCUUCUUUAACAAGUUGCAUCCGACUUGUAUUCGAUACUUCCAUAACAGGAAGACCGUUUCGUGGUGUGUCCGAAAGUGGUAUCACACAUGGAUAAUGUGGCUUUCCUCGGUGUUUUUGAUGGUACGGUCGGCGAUUUUGCCAGCGAUACAGUCAAAGACUUGGUUGUGCCAAACCUCCGCAACAGCUCUCCCUUCAAACAGGUACUACUUGUACUACUUUGAUCUUGAAUUGAUCUUUUUUUACUCUUCUUCAAGUUCUUCAAGAACAUCUUUUGAAGAUAACUAGGUAAAUUUAUUCAAAGAUCAUGAAGCUAUAUUAGAAAACUGAUCUUCAUCUUCAAUCAUGCUCAUCAUUUUCAGUCUUCGAUCUUUUCCAGUUGAUCUAUUUUUCAUCUCUUGUACUCGUAAUCGCUGAGAAUCUCCAUUGUCACUUUACACAGUUGGAAAGCACGUCUGACGAGUGCAGCGAACAGGACACAACAAACCUAUUGAAACGGGCGAUGCGAUUAAUGUAUCACCGGUCUGAUGAGGAAUUAUUGCGCCGCUGUGGCGAGAAUGAGAAACACUAUGCCGCUUCCACCAGCGUCACACUACUCCUGUACCACGACUUCAUUUGCGUUGGGCACCUCGGCGACUCUCGGAUCUGUCUCAUCUACCUCACCGAUGAAAACCUCUCCUCCUUCCAAGGCACCCCCGCCGUCUCCACACCCACAGAUGAAGAAAAGAAAAACGAAAAAAAAGGUACUUUUUAUACUUGUUUCAAGUCUACUUUAUUCAAGAAUCUUGAUGCACAAGCUUUCCUAAAGGUCGUACUCAUUAUAAUAUACAACCACAGAUAUUUUCCAGGGGUGGAGGUCCCCCCCCUGUGGAUGGAGCGGUGGUGGCGUGCGCGCGCCCUUUUUUUCGCGGUGGUGACAUGUAAGGACUCACGGGGGGGAAGGCCUCAACAAAAGGCGGAGCCGGAGGCCCCUGGCGGCUCUCCGCCUGUACCCCACAGGCGUCCCGCCUCUUGGGUCCUAUCAGAGGGACGGCCUGCGGGGGAAGAAGGCGGUCGCGAGGCCUGGCCCUUUUGGCCCUCCUGAGAGGCAGCAGGGGCCAAACUCCUCCAGUGAGGAGCCCGCACGCGGGAGGCCUGUAGUGUACAUGCAACACGGCAAGGGGUUCAAGCCUUGCCACCUUUGCCGCCUUCGGAAGCCUUCCACCCCCGGCCGUCGGUGCUUGAACGGCCUCAGGGGUUUGGGUUCUGUAGGGUACAUACAAGAAGCCGCGAGGGCUCGAAGGUGGGCGUUUGGAGGCCUUCCCGCCCGGCAGUGUCUCGGGGAAAAGGGUCCGCGGCUGGACGCCGUCCUUCCUCAAUAGGUUAGAUCGGGGGAGAGGCCUUGGCCACCGGAACCUAUGUCAGAGGAUUCAGCUUCUACUUGUUGUAUUUUCAUGUCGCUAGAAGUCCUUGUGGUGAAACGAAGGAACAUGUGACUUUUUCACCCGAUCUUGUUCCUGCUCGUACAAAUUUUUCCAUCCACCAACGUCUGCACAGAUGGGAGCUCUGUACGAUAUGUUGUGGACCCAGAGUUUGCAGCACCGAACAGCAUAAGAAGCGACAGCAUUCCAGCGAACAAGGUCGAUGAUUUGGUCGAAGGAAAUUUUGUGACACACGAUCACAAGCCGGAUCAUGCCGAGGAGCGCGGACGCAUUGAAGCUUGCGGCGGCAGCGUCGAAUACCUCCACAAUCAUCAGGUACUAUAUUUAUUUACUUGAUUGUAGUUCGUGAUUGUUCCUUUCGCUCGGACUCCUUGGUGGAUCAGAAUUCCUAUUUUGACGCUGUGCUUCUUGACUUCUUUAGAUACAUAUUGCAAUCAUGUUGAUGACGGGGAUCAUCUUCUGAUCAUGUUCUUGCGAUCAUGCUUAUAUUAAGACUACAAGAAAUGCAUCUUCACACGUAUCUUGGUCCCGUUUUUAGAGGGAAAUGGAGGCCCAAGAUGCUGCUGAACCUGAAGAUGGGUUGCCCUCUGUCCUAACUAUACUUCAUCCUGAGUUAUCCUUGAUAUGGUUUUGUUCAAAAGUAGAAUCUUCCUCCACCAAUCGACAAUCACAGAACAAGCCAUUUAUCCGAGGUGGGGACUUUCAGCAGCGGAAGUUGUUGGGCGAAUCACCAAUGCAGUUGCAGUACAGCCGGGCCUUCGGCGGCAAGGACUUGAAGCCUUUUGGCUUGAUUGGUGACCCGACCGUGAACUGCACCAAGCGGGAGCGACAGUUUCUGGGAUUCAUACUUGCAUCCGACGGCCUGUGGGAUGUGAUCACAGCAGACCAAGCUGCGCGAAUUGCCACCAAGGCCUGGCUGCAGAAGGGGAACCCAAGCGAGGCACUCGUUAACGCCGCACUCCACGGCUCCUGCGACAACAUCACGGCCCUCUGCCUCUUCUACGAUACGAUUGCGGGAGAACGCUAAACCACGACCAAGAAAAAUCAACACGAUUCAUCUUGAAGGAGCUUAAUAAAAAUCCUUCAGUUCUUCGUUAACAAGAUCUAUUCUCGCAUGGAUGAUCUUGGAGCGAAUAGAGUCGGUCUCAGUUUAUUUUUAGCUUUGUUUUUACUUGAGUUGUCGUAGUCGUCUUCAAAACUCGAUACUGUAAUUACUUGUUAAUGAUGAGAAAUGGUUGUCUAUGAUGAUGUCCUCAUCGAUCUACAUUAUUUAUUGGUAAUCAAGUUCAAGUCGAGUUAUUUAUUUUCAGGAUGUGGAUGUCGAAUAAAUGGUAAUAGAGUAUGCGAGGGCAUAACUCUGUGUCCCCUUUUUUACUUUCAUCAAGAUCGAUAUUGAAGUUGUACUUUUAGACUCCCCUUAAUGAUGAUGUUAAUGAAUUAUGAGGCUUCGUUGCUCGUAGUUGUGGAGCACAGGAGAGGCAACUAAUUAUAUACACCGCCAAUAAUUUUUUGUAAACAAUAGAAUUGUGACUACAACAUGUACAGGAUCACACGACUGGCAGAAACCUAAUUCCGCCUUCUCCACUUCUAACGAGAAGAAAAAGAAGUACACCUGGUAAACAUAUACUUUUUAACCCUCCUCAUCAACGCCCUCUACUACUUGAAGACACCGCCGACCUCUUCUUGGGGCGACGUGAGCACACCGAGCCACUGCAGAGGGGAAGUUGAGAUCCAAUGUUAGGGGGGGUCUACAACUCAUACGUCUUACUGAAUUAGUCUAGUGCUGCUUUUACUCGUUUUAUCAUGUAAUUUGUUCCUCCUGUACAUGUAUAAUUAGUUACAACUUGUUAUUUUUGUGAUAAGAGGACGUCGAUCAGCUUCACCAGUAUGGGUAUAUUUGUCUUCCGUUUGUGUGGCUUAGUGGGGGUAGAUAACGUCCUGAUCACCUUGGUCUUUGUCGUCCAACGUCCUUAUUGGAUGAGCCUCAUCAAAUGCCAAACCGAAGGCCGCCACGAUGUUUUUGCCGCAAUGAAUACAUAUUUCUAAGGGUUAAUGUCAGGCACUUAUCUCACCCUUACCACGUUAUUUCUAAGAGUCAAUAGCUUCAUGAUCGAGGCCAAAAAUUGCCCGGGAAGGGGGAUGACAUUCAAGACGGAUGACACGUCCUGCUCCUGCGUCAACCUUCUUCAGCGACUACCAUGACUACUGCAGAUUACAAGCAGGGCCAGCCUUUGCUAACUACACGCUGCACUUUUUACUUGCUUGAUGUCGUCGUCCAGUCUUCGUCGCCCGGUCGUCAUAGUCGACCAUGAUGAAAGCGACUAAUCCUUCACCCUAUUGCGAGGCACAUCACCUUCGUACAACAGUCUAUGAGUAGUUACCUCUACCUAAUCUGCAGCUACGACGCACAUCGUACAUGAAGAUAAAGUAAGGUAUUACAACUGUGAGACGGACGAGACGCUUGAUUGAUUCGUUAGCAAGAACUAAAAACAGCUACCCGUUCUUUGUAGUAGACGCAGUGUUGAUGUUGUAAGGAAAAUGCCAGACCUUGACCUGCAAUCACUUCAUUGGUGAUGAACGUCGAGGCAGAGCAGUAGGAAGCUCGACAGCAAAAUUCUCAUUUCCGCGGAAAUUCCGAUGGUCAGCAAGCAACUUGCAAAUCCUACAAUGUGGAGAUGAGGAGCAUAUAAAAUGCUUUCUUUAUUGAUGGAUUCCUGAGGUGAAAUUCUGGACUGCUUCGAGUAGCAAUCUCGAAGCUUGUAUCAAACUGUGUAGAAGAAGAACAAUGCACAUUCAGCUUGAUAAACAAGCAGACUACUGCUUUUACAAAGUGGCCUCAUGAUUUUUAUACAUGUCUUAGAAGUGAUGAAAAAAAAAAGAAGACUGAUGGAUGCUGGUGCUGUUGCCCUGUGGUAUCUCUUUCGGAUUUGGCAGUGGAUGCAGCAGCGGCAGCCGUAAUCAAUACGAUCGUUAAGUUUACAGUUUUCUGUGCGCGCUUUCACUUCUCAACAUCGUGGCGGCGUUGUUGUAUCCAUGCUGCGUUGGCAAGUUUCAUUUUAUUCUCCUAGUGUUAAUUGCUAGUCUAGUUCUUCUUCAUAAUCGUAUUUUUUCCCCAUCAAUUCCUUCGAUUCACUACAGAGCAUCGUGCUUCGAUCAAGGAUGCGAUCCCGGAAAGUGCCUUCCUUCACUAGGAAGAGCGGUUUUUCCUCGCGAUAAAGAUAAUUAGUGUGUCCGAAGUCCCACUCCAAUUGGAGCGUUUUGAGGGCCGGUAUUUCUAAUUCGUCUUCGUAAGAUCCAGGGAGGUUGUUGUAAUACGAAUAAGGCAAAAAUUAGCUAGAAUGGUGCUGGAGUACUAGUACAAGUACAGGAUGAACGAUGAAAAAAAAUGCACAACAACUUAAAAAGAAGCUUGUUCGAAAUUAUUCGUAUGUAGGCAAAAGACGACGUUCUUCCCGUAUAAACUCAAACUUCUUUUGCAUUUGCAUCCUUUUCUCUCUCUGAUAGAGAGAGGACAAGAAAUAUAUGCAUUUCGCAGAUAUUAAUCUCUUUGUGGCCGACCAUCAACUUCAAGUACUCGUUAAGACUCUUCUCGCUAGAUUUUUGAUGAUGUGUAGAAGUAGGCAUAGAUGGAAGACCAUGAUAUCAAAUAUCUUCUGUCUGAUUGUGAGCUGUUGGAGUAUCCGUUGUGGGCAUACACGGUGGCCCGACGAUAGGCGAUGCUCCGACGAUCGAGAUACCCAUACAGAUACAGAGAUCGAAGAUGAAAUGAAAAAUGGUACCACUGAUCAUGAAUUUUUUCCGCAGUUGUUGUAGUGAGUCUGUUAGGUUUUAUGAAAACCUUAGGUACUUCUCGGGGAGGUCGUCGGUGCGGAGGCAACCUGAUCGAUUAAUUGACUGAUUGCUUGACUUCUCGUAAAAAGCCGCGUAACUAAUAAUAAUAUAACUUAUUUGUCUUUAUUAGAUUUCAAGCUACAGCAAAUACAAAAGCAAAUACGACCGAAGGUGGUUGAGACACUCGUUCAGCAUAUCAACCAUCUUUCCCACUUUCUUCGGAAACUACAUGUACAUUUUCAAGUAGAAGUGACAAGAAAGAACGUCGAAUAUCUGCGGUAAUAUUAUCUUUAUGUGAAGAAGUCAACAAGAUCACGAUGUGUAUGUGAUGAUUUGAAAAAUUACUGCGCGCUUCUCAGCGCCCGGGUGGCCUCCUGAAGAGUAUUUCUGAAUAAGAAGAUCGAAGAUGACACGACGAAGCAUCCCGCUGAAAACUUGAUGCCUUUUGCUCUUUCUACCCUAGAAGUUCCCGCCUGCGCCUUGAAAGUUGUAUACU